AUGCGUAUGUCGGUAUGCCCACACCACGGUGUCCCACGGCCGACCAGCGCCAUGCGCAUCUGCCACUACGUCGCGCACCUCCUCUCCUCCACCACUGUCGCCCCCCUCCUCGCCGCCAUGACCGGUGAGGGCAUGCUGCAUCCGGUCCUUGAGCCGAACCUUGCUGGCGGCGGUGGAACAAUUGUAGUUAAGGAGUUCAAGGGAGACUGUAUUCUUGCAGAGUUUGUACCAUGUUGUAAUCUUUAUAACUUUAUUUGGCUCACGGGGUCUCAUAUCUGUGGUGGAAACAUAAUUGCAUGUCCACAGGUGUUUCUGGAAGAUUUCUCUUCCAGGAUAUGGAUCACUUACCGGAAAGACUUUGAUGCAAUAUCUGAUUCCAAGCUAACUAGUGAUGUGAACUGGGGAUGCAUGGUUAGAAGCAGUCAAAUGCUGGUUGCUCAGGCGCUGAUUUUUCACCACCUUGGAAGAUCUUGUAGAAAGCCCCCAGAGAAGCCAUACAACCCAGAUUAUAUAGGGGUCUUACACCUAUUUGGUGAUUCCGAAGCUUGUGCUUUCUCUAUUCACAAUUUACUUCAAGCUGGAAGGAAUUAUGGUCUGGCUGCUGGAUCAUGGUUGGGUCCAUAUGCUAUGUGCCGGGCAUGGCAGACCCUUAUUCACACAAAUAGAGAGCAAGCUGAUGCUGUAGAUGGGAAGGAAAAUUUCCCUAUGGCGCUGUAUGUGGUUUCGGGUGAUGAAGAUGGUGAAAGAGGUGGAGCUCCAGUUGUUUACAUUGAUGUUGCUGCUCAGCUUUGCUCUGAUUUCAACAAAGGACCAUCUACAUGGUCACCUAUUCUUUUGUUAGUUCCUCUGGUUCUUGGCCUUGACAAAAUUAACCCAAGGUACAUCCCAUUACUAAAGGAGACAUUUAUGUUCCCACAAAGCUUGUGCAUUUUAGGUGGAAAACCUGGUACAUCAACAUACAUUGCUGGGGUACAGGAUGAUAGGGCUCUCUACUAGAUCCCCAUGAAGUUCAGAUG